AUGGACCCUCCUCCAGCUCCUCCAUCAGACGUACCACCGCCGCCACCUCCAUCAGAACAUGUCGCUGCCCCGCCGCCGCCUGUCGCCGAUGUGCCUCCACCACCAGCCCCAGACAUAAAUGACGAAGAACUUGGUCCCUCAAUCAUGCCCUCGAAGAAGCAAAAGAAAGGAUGGGGCACUGUCAANAAGAGUCAACCACUGGACAUCGAGGAGAUUCUAGCACGGAAGAAGGCCGCAGAUGCCGCCGCUAUGAAACCAAAGUUCUUGUCGCGUGCCGAGCGCGAGAGGAUAGCACAAGAGAAGCUCGACAAAGAGGCCGCAGAGGCGAAGAAGAGGUCAGAAGUCGAGCGCGAUUCAUUCUCGAAGCCACAAUCAAAUGGCAGCCAUGCUCAGAUCAACACGGGCAACCAUCGUUCCAUGGAUGGUCGCCCAGCCAUACCCACUGGUCCGAGGAGUCAAAGAGGAGGCCAACCUCCUUCAGGUCCUGCUGGCUGGAGAAACAAGGACCAACACAACAGAGGCUAUGACAUGGCUCCACCACCGCCUCCCAAACAGACUGCCAUCAUCAACGGCAACCAAACUGCGAAGAAACUUACUCCCGAAGAAGCUGCCCAGGCUUCCNNAAUCCGUCAAAGAUAUAUGGGUGCCGAACAAAACCAAUCAAGCUUCUCGGCAAAGAAGAAGCGCAAGCGAACCACUGAGAAGAAGUUCAAUUUUGAGUGGAACGCAGAGGAAGAUACUAGUGCCAACACCGACCCGCUAUACAAGGACAGAGCUGCUCCGGCUGCUCGACUGGGUGGAUACGCCGACGGAGACGAGACAGCUGCUGAGAAGUAUGCAAAACUGCUGCAAGAACGCGAUCCCGAGACUGGCAAGCAGCGAGCACAGCAGAUUUUGGAGAUGAAGGAACGACAGAAGGCUUACGAGAAUCGCAACGCCAUCGACAAGCACUGGAGCGAAAAGGAACUUACACAAAUGCGCGAGAGAGACUGGCGUAUCUUCAAAGAAGACUUCAACAUUGGCACAAAGGGUGGCUCUAUCCCGAACCCUAUGCGUUACUGGCAAGAGUCUGGUUUGCCCAAGCGACUCUUGCAGGUUAUUGAUCAAGUUGGAUACACAGAUCCAUCACCCAUUCAACGAGCAGCUAUUCCUGUCGCUCUACAAGCCCGUGAUUUGAUUGGUGUUGCCGUGACUGGUUCAGGUAAAACUGCCGCUUUCUUGUUACCUCUCCUGGUGUACAUCUCCGAAUUGCCUGCUCUCAACGAACUCACCAAAAACGACGGUCCUUACGCCAUCAUUCUUGCACCAACUCGUGAACUGGCACAACAGAUCGAAAUCGAAGCAAAGAAGUUUGCCACUCCUCUAGGCUUCACUUGUGUGUCUAUUGUCGGUGGUCACUCGAUAGAAGAACAAGCCUACAACUUGCGAAAUGGAGCUGAAAUCAUCAUCGCAACUCCUGGUCGUCUGGUCGACUGUAUCGAGCGUCGCGUCCUGGUUCUCUCACAAUGCUGCUACAUUAUCAUGGAUGAAGCCGAUCGCAUGAUCGAUCUCGGUUUCGAAGAGCCCGUCAACAAAAUCCUUGACGCACUGCCCGUAGGCAACGAAAAGCCAGAUACCGAAGAAGCAGAAAACAGCCAAGCCAUGCAGAUGCAUGUAGGUGAACGAGGUCGCUACCGUCAAACAAUGAUGUACACAGCCACCAUGCCCGCCGCCGUCGAACGCAUUGCAAGGAAAUACCUUCGUCGUCCAGCCAUCGUGACAAUCGGAAAUGUCGGUGAAGCAGUCGACACAGUCGAACAACGUGUUGAAUUUGUUUCCGGCGAAGACAAGCGCAAGAACAGACUCAGAGAAAUUCUUUCCAGCAGAGAAUUCGCACCUCCCAUCAUCGUGUUCGUCAACAUCAAGCGCAAUUGUGAUGCCGUGGCAAAAGACAUCCAACGCAUGGGCUACUCAGCUGUCACCCUUCACGGUUCCAAAACUCAAGAGCAGAGAGAAUCAGCACUGCUGUCCGUCCGCGAGGGCAAAACAGAAGUUCUCGUUGCUACCGAUUUGGCAGGUCGUGGUAUCGAUGUUCCCGACGUCUCUCUGGUCAUCAACUUCAACAUGGCUACAAACAUUGAAUCCUACACCCAUCGUGUUGGUCGUACCGGUCGUGCUGGCAAGUCCGGUGUUGCGAUUACGUUCUUGGGUCCAGAGGACAAUGAUGUGCUCUAUGAUCUGAAGCAGAUGUUGAGUAAGAGUGCCAUCUCGAGGGUUCCCGAGGAGUUGAGGAAACAUGAGGCGGCGCAGCAGAAGAGUCAAAGGGGUGGUAAUAGGAAGCCUGUGGAAGAAAGCAGUGGAUUUGGAGGUAAAGGCGGCGGAUGGGCUUAG